AUGUCUCAAUAUUUGUACGGGCUGGACGUCUCGAAUGGGGGUACGAGUGCGGAGCCAACGGCGAGCCUCAUGGAGUCACUGGUCUCGAUGCUGUCAGCUGUCUUCCGUUUCCUGACCUGUGAAUUUGGGGGAUCCACGCGCAUUUGGCUUCUCCAGCGCGUAGCCUCAUGA